AAUACAUAGUACAUAUUUAUAGCUGCAUUUGCAUACCUAUCUCUCUUCCUUCUCUCUGUAAACUUUUCAGCAUUUGUUACCUCUUCAUGCCCUAUCUAUCUCUGAGCCCCUCUUCUUGGAAAAGAAACUUAGCUCUGGUCUUUUUCCAGCCUCCCAGUUCUGGUUAUUUCAUAAGAUUACGACUUCUCUCUGCCAUUUCUCCUUCUGUAAUUAACUAGGAUUCUCCAACUUUCAGUCACUAUAAUGGGUUCUUCUUAGCUCACUUGGGUUUUAUUCUGCUUCUACUCUUCUUAAACUUCAAGCUUUUUCUAAUGGGGUUUUUGUAUUUCUGCUACUUCGUACUCAUACUUCUCGUUUCUCUCCUUGGUUUUACUGUUUAGAGCUUAGAUCGUGAGAUACUUUUGUUUUAUUAUUUCUGGCUUUCCGAUUCUGUCUUUCUUGGAGCUUGUUCUUUAGUCUUCAUGGUGGAAAAGGUUUUUGCCGACUUGUUUUGGUUUCGGAUCUUUUGAUAGUGGCUUGCUCAGCUAGAUCACCAGGUUUCAGUUCUCUUGAAAAAGUUGAGGUCAAUUCAAGAUCAGUCAAGCUUUUUGCUGUUCGAAUUCAAGAUUGUCACUUUUAGCAUCGUCUUCUGCAUGAGUCAACAUCCAUGGAGGAUUUGUAUAGGCUUGAUCCUACUUUUGCUUGUUCAAAUAAUAUUGUUACUGUUGAAAACUUUCCUUCAAACUUCACUGCUUCUACUGCUACUACUACUAAUAAUGCUGCUCAUGGAUUCUACACUUCGGUUGGUAAUUUACUUCAAUUUCAAGCUGGCAGUCAUGCACGAGAUUUUGAAUCAAAUAUUCUUGAUCUGACGAAGACCCAGAUCUCCAAUCAUCCUCGUUAUCCAGACCUAGUGUCUGCCUACAUAGAAUGCCGAAAGGUUGGUGCACCACCAGAAAUUGCGUCUCUUCUUGAAGAAAUAGGCAGAGAGAACUAUUCAACCAAGGUUUGCAGCAGCGAAAUGGGAGCUGAUCCAGAGCUUGACGAGUUCAUGGAAUCAUAUUGCGAGGUACUCCACAGAUACAAAGAGGAGCUAUCUAAGCCGUUCGAUGAGGCGACUACAUUCUUGUACGACAUGGAAUCACAACUGAACAAUCUUUGUAAAGGAACACUGUCAAAAACCUUUGAUUAUUAUGGCUCUGAUGAGGCAGCAGGAACUUCAGAGGAGGAGUUGAGCUGUGGAGAGUUUGAAGCAUCAGAAAGUCAAGAAUCUUCCGGUGGACGUCCUCAUGAUCAGGAUCUUAAAGGAAUGCUCUUGCGCAAGUACAGUGGCUAUCUUAGCAAUUUGAGAAAGGAGUUCUUAAAGAAAAGAAAGAGAGGCAAACUACCAGAAGUUGCAAGGAUGAUUCUUUUGGAGUGGUGGAAAAAUCAUUACAGAUGGCCAUAUCCUACGGAAGAGGAGAAGGUGAAGUUAUCAGAGAUAACUGGGCUAGAUCAAAAGCAGAUCAACAACUGGUUCAUCAACCAGCGGAAGCGGCAUUGGAAACCAUCUGAAGAUAUGAGAUUUGCUCUCAUGGACGGUGUCAGCAGCAGCAGCAGCAUGGGAGGCCAUUCCUACUUUGAUACUGGAGGGUGGAGCUAGAUGUUUGAUCUUUAUGGUGAAGCCUUUGGUUUUAAUUAAGCUAUCAUCAUCAUCAUCAUCUUCUACUUAUAUUAUUAAAUCUUCAAUUUUCCUUUUUGUAAUAUUUUCAUGGAAUUGAUUACAUGUAAAGUUGACAACUUUAACAUAAUAUUGUUGUUCCAAGAUCAUUUGGUGGCAUUUUUAUGACAGUUUCAUGGUCUAACC